GGAAGCGCAGUCGAAAGAGGCUGCAGUAGACUAUACACCCCCACUACAAGCUUGAAUAAAAGAAGAAACCAGAAAAGCUCAAACCAGCUUUUGUUAGUUCGCCAUGCACAAGUAACGUUAUUUUAAACAUCUAGCGACUUAAGAUGCGUCACCAGUGAUGAGAGAGCAAUGCUGCUGCUGAUGUAGGUGGUGAUUGACUUUAUAGAGCAGGCUGGCUGAAGUCCAACUCAAGUGUUGACAGGGAGAGUUCAGUCAGUGGUUGCAUGAUUAAUAGACAGAGCGGCGACUCCAGACGGAAGGACAUAAACAUUGUAUGUUUACGUAUGUUUUGCACUUGGCAGGUGCAGAGAUAUUAAAGACGUACCUGGUGGUAUUUAAAUUCUUUAACAAGGUAAAACCCGCUUUAUUUAAUGUGAAAUGUGACGUUUGAACGGAAAAAGUCAUGGUAGUGGAGUAAAAGUCGUCUUUGGUUUUUGUUUACGAGGCGGUUCAAGAGGACCUGACACACCUCAGGCUGAAUGUUCGUGUGAAAAACACUUCACCUGUUUCGUUGGGUUCUAAAAUGUCAUUUAAAUUAGUGUUUUGUACAUCAUCAGUGCGCGCUGCACGGUGACAAUAGCGAUAGUACACUAAGUUGGCUGUUUAAAGUACUGACGUGUCCUUUGGCGUGCGGUCAGUGGCGAAGCUGGAGAGACACGCCUUUCGCUGUUGCUCCCAGCAUCUUUAACAGGGGAGUCAGCCGUCAACGGCACGACAAAAUGUCAAGAGCCGGCCGAAGAUCCAAAGCUUUGCACGCCAAUAACGGGCACGCGCUGGCAGGUUGCGAUCCUUUGCGAGUGGCGCGCGUGCGUGUGCUGCUGCUGUGUCUCUGCGGCGCGCUAUCGCUGGCCAUGAUUCUGGCGCUGUAUCUGUCUGCAGAGCCCAGCGGCACCCUACAGCAUCAUGCAGCACAUCUCAUCCGGGACAGGAAUGCCCAUAAGCCAAAUAAAUACUCUGUGGCGCAAAUAAAAAAGUUUGCUGCACAGGUGGACGGGUAUCGGCUCUGGGAGACUCAUCUGCGUCCGCUGCUAAUUGAACGAGUGCCCGGGACUGCAGGCAGUCAGACCGUACGGCAGCAUAUCUUCUCCCAGCUGAGUUCACUGUCAGCAGGAUGGACGCUGGAGGAGAAUUCUUUCGUUUCACCCACCCCGAAGGGUGACGUGACCUUCACCAAUGUGCUAGCAGUUCUGGACCCCUCGGCUCCUCGCAGGCUGCUUCUAGCAUGCCACCAUGACUCGAAGAUCUUACCCGUGGACCCUAAAAACCCCAAGCGGGUGUUUGUGGGUGCCAGUGAUUCAGCAGUACCCUGUGCUAUGAUCUUGGAGCUGGCCACUGCUCUGGACACACAGCUUAAAGCCAUAAAGCAGCAGAGAUCUGCGGUGACUUUGCAAUUAGUGUUUUUUGAUGGAGAGGAGGCAUUUGAGGAAUGGACAGAAACAGACUCCCUUUACGGUUCUCGUCAUCUGGCUGAACUUAUGGCCCGUACUCCCCAUCCUUCUGGAUCAUCCAAAGCCACUCUUCUCCAGGCAGUGGAUCUGUUAGUGUUGCUGGACCUGCUUGGUGGCCCAGAACCAUUGAUUGUCAAUCAUUUUGAUAACACAGCCAGAUGGUUUGACAGAUUAAUCACUGCAGAGAAGAGACUGCACAAACAGGGUUUGUUGACAUCUCACCCAUCAGAACAGAGUUACUUCAGAAAAGAUUUUUAUCUCGGUCCCGUUCAGGAUGAUCACAUUCCAUUUUUAAACAGAGGUGUACCUGUGCUUCACUUGAUCCCCACACCGUUUCCUGUGUUUUGGCACACACUGGAUGAUGUAGAGGAGCGGAUGCACAGGCCGACGGUGGAAAACCUAACUAAAAUCCUGGCCAUCUUCGUGGCUGAGUACCUGAGCCUCUAAACAUGCUAUAAUCAUCAACCUACAGCAGACGUCGAUGAAUGUUUAAUGUAGGAGCUGAAAAUAAUAGUAAUAAUAAUAUUAGAGCCAUAGAUUAGAAUAACCAAAGAGACACAGCAUAAUGAUGUGUUUAUUUGGAGUGUGAAUGGUACAUGCUGAAGAUAUUCAUAUAUUUUUCUGCAGAAAAGAGCCAUAUGUCAUAUCAGGACAGACAACCACUCAUGUCACGGCAGCUGUAUUAAUCCUUAAAAAGACUGUUAGACCAGAAUUUUGUGAUUUCAAAUCAUUCAUUUGACUUCGAAGUGGAACUCGGGGGAAGUUCGUUUAAUGACUGUUUUCAUAACUUGCACAGUAUUUGCUGAUGAACAAUUUUAAAUGCUGUUGCAUUCAAGCUGUGGUCAGGAAAGGCAGUGAUGGUGCACUUUACAUGUAGGUUAGUAUGCAAGACAUUGAAAGUCACUUGUUUUAAGAAUCUGUGAGUAGUAUUUCAUGUGACCUGAGAGAGAUAGAUCUUAUUUUAUACAUUUAGUCAUUGAGCUGUUACCGUUAUGAACCAAUAGACCAAGUGAAGAGUCUAAUGGAUAUUCAUAAUAAACUUAAAGCAAACACUGGAUUUGUGUGUCUUUAGUUUUGUUUAGGAAUGCUGGUGUGUUUUACCAUGUUAUUUUAAUGUAUUAUCCCUAUUAUGAGCAAACUGGUUUGUAGCGUGAACAGUUUUACCAUUUGCUGCACUUCAGGGUUGCCAGGUUUUCACAACAAAACCUGCCAAAUUGCUACUCAAAACUAGCCCAACCACGUUUUAUAAAAAAAAUACUAUUCCAGGGGGUAAAACACACGUUUUUGGUGGGGUUCCCCUAGUAAAAUUCACAUUC